AUGUCCGAGAUGAAAGAGCUGAUGCUGCAGCUGCAGAAAGACAACCGCGACGGGCGCCAGAGGAAGCAGGAGCUGGAGGAGCUGGUACGCGGGCUCGAGGCCGAGAGCGAGAGCCUCACCGGGCGCCUGCAGGACCUGCGCGAGCGCGAGCGCAGCCUGCAGCGGAGGCGAAGCCAGGCCUCGAGGACCCUUCGGGGGGAGGCGCGCGAGGCAGCGCGGGAGCGCGCGGAGCGGGCGCGCGGACUGUUGGAAGCAGCACAGCAGCGCAAGCAGGACCUGGAGCAACGUAGCCGGCAGCUGCAGGAGCAGUGGGAAGAACUGUCAAGUCAGCUAUUUUACUACGGAGGGGACCAACUGAGUCGGCAGCGCGCGGAGCAGCAACUCGGGACCCAACUGCUAGCAUUGCAGAAACAACUGGAGUUGCUGGAGGCCAAGCACGCGAUGCAGUCGGAGGGCCUGCGGCAGGGCGCACAGCGGACAGAGGAGGCCUGGGCCAGUUUCCAGGAGCAGAGCGGAGUCCUGCAGGAGCUGCAGGGGAAAGUGAUGGAGGCAGCGGCUGCGCUGGAUGCCUCGCGAGGCAGCGCGGAACUUGGCAACUCUCAGUCACGCCGGGUACAAGACUGCGCGGGGUCCCUCAUGGAGGAGGUGGCCAAGGCCGAGUGUAAGAAGCGGCUGUUUUGCGGCGCGGGCGCGACGGGCACCAAGUUGUGGGCGCUGAGCGCGCUGCAGAUGCUGCUGCUGCUGCUGCCCUUCGGGCUCCUGGCGCUGGCACUGCUCUACCUGCUGUUGGUCAAUCCCGAAGCCUUCCGCCGCGUGCUUCCGCGCCUGGUGUCGGACACCGCUUUCCGCCGCCUGCGCUAUACGCUGUCCCCGCUGCUCCAGCUGCGCGCGCGCGGGUUGCUGCCCGCCUAGGAUUCAUCACGUUGGCCGCGGUCACCUGCACUUCUGUCUCCCGUGUGGUUUCUGGGUGUCUGAGGGAAGCCAGCGGGAAUCGCGGGUGGGUCGUGUGCCCCUCGGGGCCCAGCGGCAGGCUCUAACAUCUGGUUCUCAGUGGGCGCGGGGCCUUCCAGGCGGACGCUGAGUCUAGAGAGGCUGUCUCCGGUUCCCCGCAGCGCUGGGGCGACCCGGCCCAGAACUCCGGCUCGAGUGGGGUGCGCCUUCGCUUGUUGCUCACACCAAGGGGCUCCUGGGCGGCACUGCGGAGAGGCCCUUUUCCCACAGCCCGUGCUGCAGCCCUGGAGCCAGUUGGGAAGUUGGUCUGUAUCUUGUUAAACUUGCCUUUUCCCCCCCUCCCCCUGCUAGUGAGCCUAGGGCGGUAGCGGAAAUUGGGGAGGGAGCUGGUCGGUCUGGUCUCCCUGGUGGUCUGUGUCCUUUGGCCCCGCGGCGCGGUUAUUAUUCAAGACCUUGGCAGUGUCCCUCUGUUCUCUUGAGAUGGAUUCUCCGCAGAGCGGGGCAGCUGGGCGGUCCUCUCUUUGGUCCGCUUCCAUGUCCGUGCUUGCGACUUCGGUCUUUCUAGGGGCAUCGUCUAGUGGCAGUGAUGAAUCUUGGUUUCAUUUUGUCUGAUACAAACACCGAUCUAAUUUUACUUUUUUUUUAGCAAUGAAAUUGUUCUAUGAUCUCCUUGUGCACACAAGUGUUUCUGCUGUGGCCUUUAAGCAAUUAUUCUCUUAUUGAUUUGUAUCCUCUAAUCUUUUUUUGGUUAAAUUUGUUUAUGGAAUGCUGUGUAUGAAGUUUUAUCAAAUUUAAGAAUCGUGCAGUGUCUUAAAAAAAUCCAUUCUUUGCCUGGAAGUCAUAAAGACAUUUAUAUAGUCCAAAUACUUUUUUCACUGGUGUAAAUAUUUUGUUUUUCCACCCAUCCAUCGGUACAUACUUGGGUUUAUGAUGCAAGAAUCUUUUUGCAUUUUCAUCCACAUUUUAGACUCAGCUUGUCAAUUUCCAUAAAGCAGUCUGGGGUUUUGAUUAUGCUGAAUUUAGAGGCCAAUUUGCAAGUAAUAUAUGUCUUCUAAUCUAACGCGAUGUCACUUUUUUUUUUAAAUUUCUCUCGGGAAUGUUUUGUAUUUUUUUAGCGUAGAGGUCUUACACAUUUUUACAUUUAUCCGUAGGUAUUUGAUGUUUUUUGGAUGCUGUUAUAAACGGUACAGAUUUGUAAAGAUUUUAUUCAUUUAUUUUGAGAGCGAGGGGAAGGGAAAGAGAAAAAGAGGAACAAUUGGUCGCCUCUUAUGCCCCCCUCCCCCAAAGGGGAACCUGCAGCCCAGGCUCGGACCCUGACCUGGAAUUUAACUGGCGGCCUUUUGCUUUGUGGGGUGACGCCCAGCCAAGUGAGCCGCCGGUCAGGGCGGUAUAGAUUUUUAGUUUCGUCUUCCAGCUGUUGAUUGCUAGCAUCUGGAAAUGCACUGGCUUUUGUAUAUUCACCUUUUAUUCUGUGAUAGCGCUGAACUUCCUUAUCCUUCUUUGAUCUUUUCUGUACAUUCCUCAGGAUUCUGCAGACAGUUUUAUUGUUAUGAAGCAGGACAAUUCCUCUUUUUCAUUUCAAUCUUUCUCUGUCCAUGAAAGGGAUACUGCUGUAUAAUUUUAUUUUCUUGGAAUGUCCCUGUCUUAUUUUAGUAUCAGGGCUAUGCCACCUUCACAAAAAAUGAACUGGGACAUGUUCUUUCUGUUUUCUGAGUGUGGGUGACAUCAGGUUACUUCUUUCUUUGAUAUUUAGCCCAGUGGCUUCAAACCUUUUUCAUCUUGUGCCACACAUAACUAAUUACUAAAAUGUUGUGGCACACCAAGAAACAUUUUUCCCCGUCUGACAAAAAAAAUAGGUGUGAUUUUGAUUCAUUCAUACCAGACAGCUAAUGUAUUGGCUGCUGCCUUUUUUAAAUUCGGCGUAAGGGAGAAGAGGUCAGCACCCCUGACUGAUCAGGCAGGCACGGCAGGUUUUAAAAGUCCCUGGGGCCACCCGGUGAAAAUUGCUGGUUCAGAUUCAUCUUGGCUUUAUGAUGAAAGUUAUAUUAUGUAGACUAAUAUGAUUAUAAUUAUAUUAUAUGUAAUUACAUAAUUGUUAUUAUACCUUAAUCAUUUCUUACACUGAAGACUGUAUGAAAUAUUGUAUUGUGAAUAUCUUCCCAGGGCUUUCUUUCCUAUGGUCCAAAUUAGUUUUUUCCCUUUUCUUGUGUGUUUUUCCUGAGAUCAAGACAUUCUCUUCUGUACUUUGUUCUGAGAGCCUUUCACAUUUAUCUUUAACAUACAGCUCUACCGUCCACCUGGAGGUGAAUAUGUCACAUAUGAGGCAGGUGGUCGAGAUUCUCUCUUCUGUGCGGAUAUCUGGUUGACAUACUACCCUGAUUGAAAAGCCCCCCUUUCUCCUCCGGCCCUGCCUGUCACGGGGUUUGUGGGAGGGCUCCUGAGCUUCAUCUCUCUGGUAUUUAUUCAUCUUUCCUGGCACCAGUUAGCAACACUGUUUCAACUACUGUAUGUCAGGUCAGGGUAAGUGUUGAUAUCUAGGUUUGCUGGUCCCGAGGAUGGAAAUCCUGUAUUUUUACCUCUGGGUUCCCAUGCAAAUUUAGACUUGCCAAGUCUACUACACAUCUUUCUAGGAUUUUGACUGGCACUGGCGGUGAAACUACAGACCAGUUUGGGGAGAACAAACAUCUUCUUUCAAUCCAUGAAUGUAUUACUCUGUUUAGAUCUUUCAACAGUUGUAGUUUUCAGCAUUUCUUUUUUUUUAAGUGUUUUUUUAAAUUUUUUAAAAUUUAUUUUCUAUUGAUUAUGCUGUUACAGUUGUUCUAUUCCCCCCCCCUUCAUUCCCCUCCACCCUAUCCCCCGUCCCCACCAUUAUCCCCCCUUAGUUUAUGACCAUGUAUCUCAAGUUCUUUAGAUUCUAUAUUUCCCAUGCUAUUCUUGCCUCCCCAUCUAUUUUCUAUCUACUGUCUAUGCUACUUAUUUUCUGUACCUUCU